ACAGUGUGAAAGUCUGGGGCCAGACAGCUCUGCACUCACACACACUGCACUGCAAGUCAGCUCAGCAUCAGCACCAGCAACAUGCCCAAGUGUCCCAAGUGCCAGAAAGAAGUCUACUUUGCCGAGAGGGUAUCCUCCCUGGGAAAAGACUGGCACAGACCAUGCCUAAAGUGUGAAAAGUGCAGCAAGACCCUUACUCCGGGAAGCCAUGCUGAGCAUGAAGGCAAACCUUAUUGCAAUCAACCGUGUUAUGGAGCAUUGUUCGGACCAAAAGGAUUUGGCCGCGGUGGAACAGAAAGUCACUCUUACAAAUAAAGUAUAGGUCUGAAACUGAACACAGUAUAGAGGAAGGAUACCUACUAGCAAAAUGUUUUGUCUUAACCCGCCUUAUUACAAUCUAGAACUAUCUCUACGAGCAUUGUAUGUAAUUGGCUUGAUGAAUGGUGCUAUACACACUACCAGAUGCACUGCUGUGUGUGCCGAGUAAGGCAAAUGUUUAUAAACUGGUAAUUUUGUUCUAAUACCACUGAUCUAACAGCACUAAAAUAAAUAUGAAUCACCCUUUCCAUCGGAAAAAAAAAAUAGCAUUUCAAGCAGGUGUAUAUUAUGUUUACUAAAUAAAUGUAAACGAGUAAAUGC